AUGGCAACCGCCCGAACUGGCCCGCGCAAGCUGAAGCGCACUUCCAACGCAUGCAUCGCCUGCCGCACCAGCAAGAUCAAAUGCACGGGCGAGCACCCCUGCGCGAACUGCCAGCGCCGCCGCGUCGACUGUCGCUUCCUCGAGACUGUUAGCAAGGUCAUGGUGUCUGAAAGGUACUUGCGCGAGCUUGAGUUACAGAAGAGGGCCACCGCCGGUGAGCGACAGCGGCAACCGUUGCAGCAGACAUCGCCAUCGCAGAGCCAUAGUCUCCAAGACCAACCGACGCGAACGUCCGUGAAGAGAACAUCCACGUCGGCGUUUGGAGAUGAGGUCGAGGUGGAUAUUGAUGGGAUUCUCGGGAGCACUGGCAACACUUGCUCUGCGAGCACCCUCACCUCGCCACCAGAGAUACCGCUGGCCGUGGACUCGGAGCGAACGAUCUGGACGAGCCCGUUCACACUGCCCUCUCGUAUUAUCAAGAAGAACCACAAGUCGAAGCGGAAUUGGACAUGGCUAGCCCCAACAUCAGCCUGGUCCUUCACUGCCCGGCUUAAACUUAUGAUCGCCGAGAAACUGCACGUCGAAUCGCACUAUAGCAGUGCGGAGCUCUUUGACGGCGAUCUAUAUCCCAUUCAAUGGUCGCCCUUACCCGUGGGCUCAGUCCCGGACAUCAGCAAUCUCCCAUCCCUCGACCACGCCCUCUACUUCUUCAACACGGUCAAGUUCCACCUAGGGCACAAUUUCCGGCUUAUCCAUGAAGGCGAGUUUAUCGAGCACAUGCACGCGUUCUACUACGAAGACGCCAUCAAGCAGGUGAAGGAAUGCCGGUUGUGGUUCGUGCAGUUCUUGCUUGUCCUGGCGUUUGGAAAUGCAUUUCUCUUCCCUGGGCAGAAGGGGAGCUCAAGCUCUAGUACGGACAAUGACCCGCCAGGCUCGAAGUUCUUUAUCCGCGCGAUGAGUCUGAUGCCCGAUCAUACGAGCUUGUCGCGAGGUGGGUUUGUGGCCAUUGAGGUUCUGGCGCUGACGGGGUUGUACCUUUACUCCAUUGAUCAUCGGAGUUCGGCGCAUGUUUAUGUCGGACACGCAAUCCGCAUCGCGCAAAUGGACGGCAUGCACACGCAACUCCCCGAAGACGAGCUGGGCUCUGAGACGGUCGCGCGGUGCCGCAAUCUCUGGUGGACGCUCUACGUGCUUGACCGGCAUAUCUCCUCCUCUGUUGGCGCGUCCAUGACGCAGGAGGACAGUGAUAUCACGACGUUGCUAGAUCCGCCGACGGCUAUUGCUUGCUCGCAGAAUGACACGACGCUGAGUCUGUCGGUUAGGUUGAGUCAUCUGCUUUCGUAUAUCCUCUCUUCUAUCUACAAAGGCACUGAAACUCAGCUCGGCACGUUCCUGGAGACAACGCGGUCAAUUCUGCAUGUGCUUGCCGGACACGCGCGUGAAAUCGAACGGAUCAUCCAGCUGAAGUUCCAGAACUCGGUCGAUACCAUGCCCAAGGGGACGAGGCACAUCACAUUGCUAUACCACCAGUGCGUAAUCGUCGCAACCCGGCCUCUCCUCCUCUCCGUCCUCAAAGAACGCCUGCAAAAGCUCGACCACGGCGCCGAAGACUGGCAGAGCAUAGUCGCGCCCACAAACGCCCUCAUCUCAGCGGGGAUAAAAUCCGCCGCGAAGACGCUGCAGAUCCUCACGGACGAGGACAGCCUCCUAGGUAUCGUACCUACCGCCAACCCAUCAUCACACACCCGCUCUAACCUCGAUUCCCAUGGAUGCAUAGAAGUCUUCCUCCCCUUCCACAUGGAAUUCACCUACGCCGCCGCGCUCCACGUCACAAUGGCCGGCGCGCUCUUCCCCAACGUAACCGAAAGCCAAGAAUACAUCCAGAUCGGCGACGCCUACGCGAUUCUGGACCAGAUGGUGUCGCGCGGGAAUAAGCUCGCCGGCGCACGGAAGACGGAGCUCGUGCAGCUGGAGACCCUGUUCCGCGAGCUCUCGGCGCGGAUUGAACGCCGGGGUCUGGAGACGCUUAUCCUCCCCUGCCCUGCGCCCUCGGAGUACGGAGGCGUCACGGCGGCGGAGUACUUUGCGCGCAUGGAGGGGGCGGAAGAGACCGGUGUGAAUGUGGAUUUGGCGGAUGGUGCUGGCGACGGUAUCAACAUGGCCAUACCCGAGUCGCCGUCUGUGUUGGCUGCGCAGGCGGCCAAUAUGGAUAUCCUGGAUAGCAUUGGGAUCUCGUCGUAUGAGUUCUUUUCGCUGGUGAAUCAGAUUGCGCCGGGGAGUUUGGGCGUGCUGGAUGGCGGGGAGCAGGAGUGGGAGGGGACCAUGUAA